AUGACAGAGUCAGUAAAUUACAGCACCAAUGUCAGCUCUUCAUCCUCAAAGAACCUAGUUCUUUGUUUUGAUGGUACGGAUCAAAAUUUUGGACCAGACCCAUUCACUAAUGUCUUAAAAAUAUUUCGCAUGUUGGAUAGUAGCAACGACUCAGCACAAAUGUGUUAUUAUCAACCAGGUAUCGGGACCAACAUGAGUAUUCAAGGUGGUGGUAAAAUGUCUAUUAAAUGCAAAUUUGAAAAUACAUUUGAUUCUAUGUUUGCUUUUAGUUUGGACUAUCACAUUAUCUCUGCAUAUUUAUUUCUUAUGAAAUAUUUUGAAGUGGGUGACAAAAUAAUUAUGUUUGGCUUUAGUAGAGGUGCAUUUACUGCAAGAGUCUUAACAGGUAUGUUGGAACGAGUUGGAAUUCUUAAGCGUGGAUUAGACGAUUUGGUACCAAUGGCGUGGAAAGUCUAUGAAGCAUGGGAAUAUGCGGCGCAACCCAGUCAACCAAACUAUACAACUACAUUGAUUGAUGAAUUCAGAAAUACAUUUGCAAGGAACAUACCAGUUCGUGUUCAUUUUGAGGGCUUAUUUGAUUCUGUUAAUUCAUGUGGUAUUAUUCGGGAUAGAUUAUUCCCAUAUACCUCUAGAAGUGGCAUCGUAGACCAUGUCCGCCAUGCUGUUAGUAUCGAUGAGCGGCGUGGAAAGUUUAAACAACAAAGCUUUUCGCCUAAUCCAUAUACUCAGAAGUUAUUUUCUUUUGUCUACAGAAAUUAUAUGGUUGAAACUAACAGGAAUUCACCGAGUGACUACAGUUACUCGGAUAGUGAACGAUACACUAAUCCAUUUAUUAAUUCAACAAUAACUAGAACAGCUAGCGUUCCUCUGAUUCUGAAGGCCACUUCGGAUAUUGGGUUUGCUGCCGAAUGCAUUAACACUAAUUGUAAUUCUGCUGAUGUUUUAUUGCGUAGUGUAAAUGACUACUUGGAAAGUGGUAUUAGACGAGAUAAUCACCAAUCUUCGUGGUUUAAGGGGAAAUUAAGUUCAUUAUCAAGACAGCGGGUAGAGGGUGUCUUUCAGCAUUAUUCUCCAGAUGCAAAUUCAAGUACACCAGCUACAUUUGUUUCUUCUGAUUUAAUUGAAAAAUGGUUUCCUGGUGAUCAUUCUGACGUCGGCGGUGGCUGGGCACCUGAUAUUGAAACUGAACAGUUUCUCAGUAAUUUGCCAUUACGCUGGAUACUCAGCGAGGCAAUAAAGCAUGGUGUGUAUUUUAAGAAAGGGGUUAUUCAUCAGUUUGCAAAAACUUACGACUCUACCGGUAGUCUACUUUCAGCUGAUCAUGAUAUGUUAAAAUGGCAGAGAGGGAAAUAUACCAUGAAAAGUCCAUUUAGUAAUUGUCAUCAUCCUUCUAAAAAAGAUCUCGAUACAUUUCACGGUAUGUUGAGAGUUUCCCAUAAAGUGUCACAUAUGCUCCAUGUGUUCAAAAAAAGGUCAAUCUCGACAUGUCACUCCUCAAGUACUCAAGCCGAUGCACCUAAACGGUUUACGAAGCCUAUUUACCAAAGUGCAAAAAACGAUGGACACGGUAACAAAAGCAUAUUUCAAGUCAUACUGUGGUGGUUUGUUGAGUUGAUAGCUGUGGGUAUCAGAAUCGAGGAUAAAAACUGCAAAUGGAAAAAUGUUUAUGUACCCAACUUAGGUAGACAUAGAAAUAUUCCGGAAUAUGGAGAGAUGCAUUGGUCAGUAUACUGGAGGUGUAAGUAUGUUGGAGACUAUAAACCUCGAAAUUUGCCGAAGUAUGCUGCUAAGUUGAUAGAUGAAUACAUUGGUGCCCAUUUGAGUAAUGGCAGAUCAACCCGGCGUAGACGGCUGACGAGUAUAUCUUCUAACCAUGUCUCCUAUCCAACACAAGAAUCAACACCACUAUUAGAUAGUCCAACUCAUGAGUGUGAAAGAAGUUCUCAUGAAGUCGAACUUCUAGCACAAUCAGACGAAAAACAAAUAAAAAAGUGGAUUGCUGAUGAUUGGCAAACAACUCCUGAUGACUUGGAAGAAUUACUUCAAGAUAAUCCUGAUUUGUAG